AACAAUACUAUAUUAGUUUAUAGUACAAUGACUGCCAUCUUGACAACUCUUUUGCCAAAAAGCAAAUCUUGAGCAAUUCCCCAGUUUUCUACUGAGUUCAUCCGCUAUAUUCUGGUCGAUCCCUUCCUGGAUGUGGAUGUGAUACUCGGCUACGGUUCAGGGCGCGGCGUCACCGGUCUCUCCGGUCACCGCCGCCCCCGCCAGCAAGCACCAGGCCUGGACGCCUUCGUGGACUCCAAUCUUCUGCCGGCCAGCAGCAGGCACCGCCGCCUCAACUGAGCUCCUCCUCCCUCCCCAACGCCCCCGCCCCCACCACUCGUCGGCCUCCAAGCAGCUUUUGCUAAAGAGGAAAAAGCUACCAAGAUCCCCACUCUCCAGGCCCUACUCAGCAUGGACGAUGCAGGUUCAGAGUCAACAGCUGUGCCCCUCGAUUUAUUACUACAAAUCACAGAUGGUUUCUCCGAGGAGCGGAAACUUGGUAGUGGUUCCUUUGGAGAGGUUUACUUGGGUGUGCAUCCAGACGGGCAAAAGAUUGCUGUGAAGAAGAUCUAUGAUAUGCCAGGAGUUGACGAGGAGCAAUUUCAGAAUGAGUUUAAGAACCUUGCAAGGCUGCAGCACCGAAAUAUUGUGCGGUUAGUUGGCUAUUGCCACCAUAUUCAGGAAGUACCAGCAAUGUAUGAAGGAAAAUUGGUUCUUGCGGAAAAGAUACAUAGAGCGCUCUGCUUGGAGUAUAUGUCUAAUGGAAGCCUUGAAAAAUAUAUUUCUGAUGAAUGUGAUAAAUAUGAUUGGCACACUGGCUACGGAAUAAUUAAGGGGAUUUGCCAGGGUUUGAAAUACCUCCACACUAAAUUAGAGCCACCUAUUUAUCAUUUGGAUUUAAAGCCAGCCAACAUAUUGCUGGAUGAGAACAUGGUUCCCAGAAUUGCAGAUUUUGGGAUAUCAAGGCUGUUUGGAGAUGAACGAACGCGAGCUACAAAAAGUACUUUAGGAACACAAGGGUACUUACCACCGGAAUACAUACGCAACUAUUUAAUCUCAAGUAAAUUUGACAUAUUCAGCCUGGGUGUUGUAAUCAUAAAGAUAAUGGCAGGACGGGCGGGCUACUACAAAAGCGCUGAAAUGUCUUCCCACGAGUUCAUUAAUGUUGUACAGGAAAAUUGGACAAAUAGGCCACAUGAAACAUCGAGUCUGAUGAAGGCAUAUUCCAAGCAAGUAAAGAUAUGUAUUGAAAUAGGUUUAAGUUGUGUGCAGGAGGAUCGACACAAAAGGCCCACUGUACAGAAUAUUGUUGAUAGACUGAAUGAGACAGAAACUGAGUGUACCUGUGCGUAUAAGAAAUUUGAGGUGCAGGAGAACUCAGGGGGGCUCACCCCUAAUUAUUUCAUGAAUAAUGGCCGCUCUGUCAGUGAAGUGCCUCUGAACAAUGAUGCAGGCCCUUCCAUACAAGCUAGAACGGCAUGGCAAUAUCCUACAGACAUGACUGCACAACAAGAACUUGGCGAACGACAAGCAGCUUCGCUUCCUAAUGGAAUUUAUGAGCCUCCUAGGCAGAUAAUGGAAGGUUUUCCUGAAUCUGGAGGCACCACUACAGUUGAAAGACAGGAUCUUGCAGUCAGAGUUCAAGAAGCAAUCACUGAUCCUUUUGUCGUCAAAGACUGCCGAAGCGCAUUAAAUGGAAAGAGUUAUCCUCCAUCUAAAGAAGAAGCGGUACAUCGUUUGGAGAGCGUUUCUCUAAAGGGGAAGCGUUGCAAUGACCUAGCUGAUAAAAAUAUUACUACAGUGAAGCGCUUUAUGGGUCAUUAUCACAGAGAUAAAUCUGGUCUCCAAAAGGAGGAGGACUGGAGUACCACGGUAACACAUGCCACCACGUGUGAUCCUGGGGUUGAGAUCUAUUCUUAUGGAGUUGCAGAGGAAAAUUGUGAACUCUUAUUCACUUUUUUUUAUGAUCUUGUCGGUGUGCUGACCAAUGGAGAUUAUGUUCCUGCUAGUGACCUUGAUCAGUUUCAGCAGCUUAAAGUGAAGAGCUGGAAAUUGCCCGCAUUCAAGAAAUUUGAGGAGCGGGAAAAAUUAGGGGUUCUUAUUCCUGAUUAUUUGAUGAUGAAUGGCUGCCCUGUCCGUGCAGUGUCUCUGAACAAUGAUGCAGGUCCUUCUGUACAAGCUAGAACUACAUGGCAAUAUCCUAAUGACAUGGCCGCACAACACGUAUUUGGUGAUCGACAUCCAUUGAAUGGGUUCUCACGGGCCACAGUCCUGUCAAACAAUGACGCCGGUCCUUCAAACCAAGGAACACUGCCGUUUUCGCAGCCCAUGUAUGAACAGACUGUGCAUCAAGGAAAUGGUCAGCACGAUCCUUCUAUGGCGCAGAAUGGAAUUCCUUAUUAUCUGCCCCAGGGAAAUAUCUUAAAUGAUCAGGGAUCACUUUCAGCACAGCCAACUCCGUUCCACAAUUUUCUACCAGUUCCAGCGGAUGAGAUGAUCACAGGUGCAAGUCUAACUGACGAACAGACUAAAUACUUCUCGACAACUGAUUCUCUUGGCACUCUAGAAAAUGUAAUUCCUGGGCCUGAAUUGGACAUACCUUUGAAACAAGGUAACUGGAGACAGCUUCUGGGAAUUAAUACAGGAGACUUGAAGCAGGUGAUCAUAGCAUGCGGUAAGGCCGUUGCUGCGAAUGAUAUGUAUGCAACAGAACUAUUGAUAUCUGAGCUAGGUCAGCUGGUGUCUGUCUCUGGAGAUCCAAUGCAACGCCUAGGAGCAUAUAUGUUGGAAGGCCUUGUUGCCAGAUUUUCUUCCUCUGGAAGUAAGCUGUAUAAAUCCUUGAAGUACAAAGAACCUACAAGCUCCGAGCUCAUGUCUUACAUGCAUUUCCUUUAUGAGAUGUGCCCAUCCUACAAGUUUGGUUACAUGUCAGCCAAUGGCGCCAUAGCAGAGGCUGUUAAAGGCGAGAACUUGGUUCACAUCAUUGAUUUCCAAAUCGCACAGGGGAGCCAGUGGACAACUAUGAUUCAGGCUCUUGCAGUGAGGCCCGGGGGUCCACCAUGCCUAAGAAUCACUGGUAUAGAUGACUCAAAUUCUGCUUAUGCCCAAGGUAGUGGACUGGACAUGGUUGGAACAAGAUUACAUAAUGUCUCUGCGUCGUGUGGUGUGCCCUUUGAGUUCAAUGCUGUUCAUGCUGCUAGCCAUGAGGUUUAUCUUAAGCAUCUUGAUAUAAGACCUGGGGAGGUCAUUGUGGUGAAUUUUGCCUAUCAGCUGCAUCAUACUCCUGAUGAAAGCGUGAGCACGGAAAAUCAUCGGGACAGAAUUAUAAGAAUGAUCAAGAGCCUAUCCCCCAGGGUGGUGACUCUUGUUGAGCAGGAGUCGAAUACAAACACAGCUCCAUUCUUCUCAAGAUACUUGGAGACCUUCGACUACUAUACGGCAGUGUUUGAGUCAAUAGACUUUGCUCUCCCAAGGGAUGACAAGAUACGGGUUAACACAGAGCAGCACUGUCUUGGAAGGGAUAUCAUCAGUUUAAUCGCGUGUGAGGGUGCUGAAAGGGUUGAGAGGCAUGAGGUGUUUGGAACAUGGAAGGCAAGGUUUGCAAUGGCUGGAUUUAGGCCGUACCCGCUGAGUUCAAUGGUGAACAGCACCAUCAAAACACUGCUGGAUGACUACCACAGUUGGUACAGGCUUGAGGAAAGGGACGGAGUCCUUUACCUAGGUUGGAAGAGCAGAGUGUUGGUCGUGUCUUCUGCAUGGCGCUGACAUGUCCUGAGAAGACGCUCAUAUAUGUACACUGUUUUUAUCGUUGAUGAAACUUAAUGCUUCAGUGAUUUGUGUUACGUUGAUCCAUGAUAUUUCUAUAGCCUGACCUCCCCUGUCCCCCAGUUUCAGAUGGAACCUGUGCUUAUAAUUAAGGGCUUUGCUGCUUGUCGGUUCAGUUGUCUGUCUACUCACUGGUCAUCUAAUUCAGUGGAAUCGGCACCAGGAGUUGCUGUAAUAAUACCGCGACAGCCGUAACGUAGAAGAAGGCGUAGUGAUUAAAUAAAUAAAUAUGUUUAUAGCUAGGAAUUUGGUGUGUUGUGGUUUGCCCCCGUUGUAUGAUUGACAUGCUGUAACGAAAAUGUUAGAGAUGAUUAAAAGCUAUGCAGGCACAAGAGGCGCCCGUUGCAUGUGUCCUCGCUGUGGUUUACUGUCA